AAUUUGACUUAUUCUAAUUGGAAGGAAAUUGACAAUUGUGAAAAGUCAGCUGAACAGUGCUUUGUUAUUUAUUUAUUCUGGAAAUUAGUUUCUUUAGGAGAUUUACGUUAAAUGUUUCAGAAUUUGAUAUCAACCAAAAUUAUCUUACAUCUUAACGGGAUGUAGUAAUCUAUAUUAUGUUUAGGUGCUUAAAAUUUUAAAAUGAUGUUUGGAAGACCGAGAUGUAGAGAAUGGACCCCACUGGCUACUCAACAGCUUCGUUUAAGGAGCCUAAUUCAGAUUGUGGGGUACAAUAUACGUCCUCCGGAAUGGUGUACACAUCAAUGCAGCUACUAUCUGACACUUCAUCACACAACUAUGUCAGCUCCUUUUUACACCAGUGAGAGGAUAUCAUCACCACAUCCUAAAUGGAAGGAGAUUGAUCCAGAAAUAACUCAACGCAUGUCGUCUAGUAACGUUGUCAUCCGAAUAUGGUGCCACAUUCUCUUGCCAAGUAAUAGCGAUGAAAAGUCUGACAAUCUCCAAGACACGGUCAUUCAAACUUGGGGUGUAUAUUUUACUGGUCUCAGAUAUAUAGGAGCGAAUCUAGCUUUAAAUUUCACAUCAGAUUGCUUCAAAAGUAACACCCUGGUAUUUCAAAUGCAAGGUGGUUACUUCUGUUCUUACAAAAGUUUAAAAUUGGAUGUUAUACCACCAGAGAACGAAGUAGAACACGGUUCACUAUCAUCAGAUUCGUCAGGCAAAACUAAUCCAUAUAAAAAUGUAAUCGAACCGAAAUUUAUACAGAAUCAUAGAUUAAUUAAAGAAUCUAGAUCAAUUUCACCUAGUAGAUACAAUAAAGUUAGUGAUAAAGAGUAUUCAAAAAGUCAUAGCCCCGUCGAUAGAGGUUUUAAGCAGAAUUUUCCGACAAUAAAAACAUCAGCCAGUUUAAACACAUCAAUAAAUUUAGAUUGUUCUAGAAUUAGAGAUAAUAGUAUUGAAAGGAAACGUAACGAACAAAUCCAAAUAUACGAGCAUUCACCUGAACAUUUAGAAGUAAAAGUCAGUGAUACCAACUGUGAUAGUAAAAAUAAAUCCCAAGAGGAUUUGUGUAAUAGUAAAAUUGAUUUAAGCGAAACAGCGGAGAAUUACGAUUUAAGAAAUGAAUCAGAUGGUGAACCUAAAUAUAGAUAUUUGGCUUUAAAUUUCCUCAAAUCAGAAAUAAGACCCAGUUACAAUGCUAAUAAAUUACAAAAGCUUCAUCUCUUACAAUACUCGAUAAAGAAAAGGCAAGAAGCUGUACAAGAAAUUAAGGAGAGAAUUUACAAAAAGUCUGCCUUAACAGAUGAGAAUUGGGUCCAAGCAAACGAUCAAUUUGAACUAAGACAAAGAAAGAGUAGAUCUCAGAGGAAUUUAUUUUCCGCUGAUGAGAAUAUCUUUGAUAGAGAGAGGUCAUCUUCACAUAGCGAUUUAAGCAUCAAAAAUGGAAAGGUCAAAGAUGAAAGACCAGUUUCUAAUGGACCAAGACUUGCCUUAAAAUUGAAUGACCUUUUGUCUUUUAAGUCAAAACCUUCUCCCUUCCAAAGAGCAGAGCAUGUAAGGUUAACCAAACAGUUAGAAAUUCUUCGCUUCAAGCGAAUAAUUCUAUCCGACGAGCGAGACAGCAAACUCGCAAAUAUAAGAAGACUGAAAGAGAUGCAUAGCAAGUUGUUUGAGGAGAAUCAAGAUGUUGGUUCGGAACUAAUGCAAAACUACCAUACACUAUCUCGACGUAACGAGGUAUUGAAGGAGACACGACAAUCUUGUGCGGCGUUGCGAGAGCUUGCCGCACGCAGCCAUGCAGCAUUGGCCAGCAGACGAUGCGACCUGCUCGCACAAUUACAUCAGAUAUUUUAUAUUGAACAGAACGAAACAUGGCACAUAGUUGGCGUACAGCUGCCGAUAUGUGAUGACGAGAGUCCGCGCAGUAACGCGCUCAGUGACGCAGUAGCUGCUGGCUACGUGGCGCAGCUGACAACUCUAGCAGCUGCUGUGCUGGGUCAGCCGCUGCGCUACAAGAUCAUACUGCUGGGUUCUGCUAGUAAGAUACUUGAUAUCAUGCCGGAUUUACCAGAUCCCAACAUCCCGUUGUUUGCUAGAGGUGGAGACGUGACACUGUUCCGCUAUGGCAUGUUCUUACUGAACAAGUGCAUAGCUCAGUUGCUGUGGGGCAGAGGAUUGUCAGUGACAGACAUGAGGCCCACGCUCAGCAAUCUGCAGCGACUGCUGAUAACACCGAGUAAUCUAUCUGAUACAUCCAAAUUGUUUGGUACAUAUCGUUGGUUGGCAGACAGUGAAUGUCCAAGGACACAAUCUUUGCGGAGUCUGGUUGCCUCAGAACGAGGGAAAUAUCGUCCCUUCAAUCGAUUCAAGGAGACUGUGGAUGGUCAAUCUCCUCACUCUAUAAUGAAUGUACGAAGACAUAAACAUUCUCGCAGCGUCGGUAGUUGUCAAGAUGACCAGGAUUUAUCAAUUUUAGCAUCGACAACAUCAAUAAUGGGCAGCGAUUCAAAUAUUUAUAAUAUGAAAUUAAAUCAAACAGAUCUACAAGCAAAACAAAAUUGUCUCAAAUCUCAUAAUUCCGAUUCGGAAAUUUCUAGAAUGUCAACCGAAGAACGCGUUGCACAAUCUAAUUCUAGUAACGUCGUUUUCACUUUAGGUGAUGAUAGUACAUCGAUUGAUAUAGAAACUGAGAAAUUAGUUAAAAUAUCAAUAAACAAUGACGACGAAUGGAAUAACUCCGUCGAUGAGAAUGUCAAAAGGAUAUGUACAGAAAUUAAAGAUUUUUGCACCAAUACAAAUGAAUUAAGUACAGAGUCAGAUAGAAAUGAUGCAAAUAGAUUAGACGGAGAUGUAAAUAGAGAGGCAAUAGCUAAAUGUAUUGAAGUUAAAAGUAAAGAUAUAGAAGACGAUAUAGCUGUCUCAUGCGAUACAUGUGAGAGUAACAGAGAUGGAACAUGUGAUAUGGCUUGCGCUAAUAAUGUUAGAGAGGUUAUAGUUAUACCAAGUGCUGAAGCAAUAUUAAACACGGGUCAGAAUGAGACGAACAAUAUUAACGAUUGUGACGUACAAUAAUUAUAAUAAGAUGAAAUAUAUAUUUUUUUAUAUCACAAGGUGGCAAACCA